GACGGGAGCCGUCAGUUCGGCACGACACCUCUGUAAAGCACGACAGAGGAACUCGCAUCUCGGUGUUCCGUAACACGCGGCACGCUACCGUGGCCGCAGCUUCUCAUUUUCUCGAGGAUCGACCAACCGGUUGCAGUGAGCAUCGUGAAUUCUGCACGUCGUGCAACGUUGUUCGAAUAAUUUUUUUCCGCGAACACCUCGGUGGGGAGUAAUUUGAAAGAGUGCCAGUACGGAAAAGGAACAGAGAACACGUAUGAUACACGAGGAAUUGAUCAAGUGGUCAAGCGGUUUGAAAUUUGGCAAACAAUUUCUAUUUCUCUUCUUUUAUGAAUUCGUUCGAUGACUGACAAGUAUAAUAGUUCGUUGCAGGUGAUAAUUUGUGCUCUGUGACACCCGUUAUCAUACUGAUGUUUAAGCAGUUUUACUCACUCCUAUGCAAGGAACGUGAUGGACCGUUCGACGAUGCAAGAGACGAACGAAAAGUGCGUUUCAGUGAUUAACGUGAUCAACGUAAUUUCUAUGACGUAGAGAGGCAGAGAAAACGGAAAUCGGGCUGAAAUAUAUCGCGAAACGUGAUGCAAAACGACCGGUGUGCCGGUGAAAUGACCAAGAAUUGUUCGCGGGACCGUUUCGAAACUGGUAGCGAGGAAAACUAACGAAAGAUCACGGAAGAUGACACGACGAACGUGAACCGGAAGAAGAAUGUUCUCCAAGAUGGAUCGAGCUUCCCUGUUCUCUCUAUUGAUAUCUCUGACGUGGUUCUGGAGUUGUUGCGGCGGUCACUUGAUCGACGGGAUUUUCACGGAGCCGACCUUGGAACGGGGUUACAACUUGGUGGCCACGGUUCCUCGAGGUGCCGUUGUUCUGAACGUGACACAAUUACGUCACACGGAGAAUUAUUUAGCGGUCAAGUUGCAGGAUGGCAGCUACUUGUUCAAUGGAAAUUAUAGCAUCAGCCUGUCCGGUAAAUAUCAGGCGGCUGGAACUACUUUCGUCUAUCUUCGUCAAAGCUCGCAGAAUUUGGAAAGUUUCUCCGCUAUUGGCCCGUUAGAGGAGCCCAUCGAUGUUAUGGUUCUCUACCAAGAGCCGAAUCCCGGAAUCGUAUAUCGAUAUAUCAUCCCCGGAAGCGCAAGCGCCUCUCCGAAUACCCAUCUUGGACACAAAUCGAUUUCCAACAAAGCCGCUGAGCCCAUUUUACCGACGAUACCUCACAGGAAAAUAGACGAAGGAGCGCAGGCGUAUGUCCCAAGGAGAUACAAAAAGAGGAAAUUCUUUUGGAAAGCCAGUGGUUACACCGAGUGUAGCAGAACUUGUGGCGGAGGUGUUCAGAUCCUGAGGUACGUGUGUACGCGAGAGCACACGCAGACACCAGUGCCUGAAAAAAGAUGUCACGCGUUGGAAAAGCCACGGGAGAUCCAAGUGAGAUGCAACACUACACCUUGUCCUCCCAAAUGGAGAGCCGGCCCGUGGGGCGAUUGUUCGGUAAGUUGCGGCAGUGGUGCACGCUUCAGAGACAUAGAAUGCGUGCAAGAAAUAACGCCGUCGCUAGUUAUGAGGAUAGCCGAUGGCGCCUGCAUGGAGCCGAAUAUUCUUACUGCCACCGAGGCUUGCGAAAUGCCACGUUGCGAAUUCGACGUGAAUGCAGUAACAACAACGACGACGACGACGACGACGACGACGACGACAACGUUACCGCCUCCGCAAUGGAACGUGGGCACAUGGUCUCCGUGCUCCACAACUUGCGGUCCGGGUAAAAGAACGCGAACUGCCACUUGCGUCACGCAUGGACCUCCGUGUGAUCUCGAAGCGAGGCCCGUUACUCAAGACGCCUGCGAUUUGGGAUCUUGCGCCACUAAAUCAACGCAAACAAACGCCAUUUCAACGAGACUACAAAGUCCACAGUGGCUGUACACUGAAUGGUCUGAAGGGUGCACGGCCGAAUGUGGAGUCGGCAUGCAAACAAGGAGAGUCUUCUGCGAGAAAGGUCCGGAGGGAGGAUUUUGCGACCAAUCGACAAGACCAGAAACUUCAAGAACCUGUUCCAGCAACAGAACAUGCAGCGGACAAUGGUUUACGGGACCGUGGACCGCGUGUUCCACGGAAUGCGAUUCAGGGGAGCAAGUAAGAGAAGUGGUAUGCAUAACGAUACUUCGUGGAUCUCUCCGCGUUGUACUGGACAUGAAUUGUCCAGCAAACAAACCGGAAACGAGACGAUCUUGCAGUGGUGCACCUUGCGGAUCUUCGUGGUUUAUAUCAGACUGGACAGAAUGUUCCCGGUCCUGCGGGAAAGGCAUUCAAAAGAGAGAAGUGAGGUGUUUGAACAAUGAAGGCCAGUCACCGGAGCACCACGAGUUGCACUGCAGGGACAAGGAUCGUCCUAUAUCUCGGCGAACCUGCAACGAUUAUCCUUGCAAGGACGACAUGCACAGAUCCGAAAAUCAUCAUACUGUCCUGCAAGUUCAGAACGAUCCAGAGAUCUCGAAUGUUCUCGAGGAAAAUCCACUGUGCAAGGACGGUACGACAAAUUGCAAUCUAGUGGCGCAAGCUCGGCUAUGCGCGUACCAGUUUUAUCAGCAGCUGUGUUGCCAGUCGUGUUCCAGAGCGAAGCAAGAAGUUGAAUGAUCGCCAAACGUGUCGCUGAAUGGAAAUUUAACGGUUCGAUGAACGAUUUAGAGUCAGAAAUCGGAUCGAUGUUAUACGUGUCGCAUGUAGACUUACUCACCCCUGCACUGCCUGAUGGAAUUUUUAAUAUCGAGUUUAGAAUCGUAUAGAAAUGACACCUGACACUCGAAACAAAACGCAUCGUUGUUCUAGAGAUAUUAUAAUUUAUAUGAUUCGUCGACGUGCUAAGCUUUUGUAACGAGUAAUAAAUUAUAACAUUCGCAAUAACGUUCUCCAAUGUUUAAGGAGUGGAUUAUUUAUCGAAUUACGCGUAUAGCUUUAAUUUUAAUAUCAUAGAAAUGACGGUAUUAACGAGUAUAUAUUAUUAUUUAUGAUUAGUCUGUCUCUGUGAAAAUCGUCCGAUAGUUGUAGAGACGUUAUUCGAGCUUUCUGUUUAGCACCUUGAACGUUCGACGAAGAUUGACUUACGAGAAUCGAGAUCAUCGGCGAGAAAUUAUAGACUGAUCGCGUGAAUUCUAACAAUGCAACAUUUAAUUGGCAUUUAAUUUGUAUUAUUUUUCAUGAACCUUAUAUCUGCCAUAAUAAAGUUUAACGCUUCCCA